ACCAAGUGAGACCCUUCUCUACUUCAUCUCACCAUGAGGCGCCAGCAUGUGGGGGAUGUCAUCCUAUCCCUAGAAUUCCACUGCCCAUCAAUCAAAACCAAAACUGGCGACUCACCCCCAACCCCGAGGAUCAGGGAUCGCCUGGGUUGUGCUAAGCACAUACGGCAGUCGACAAAAGUGAUCGUCAGCCGAGUACUACCGAAUUUGCUCUGACGCUCAGUCAGUCGCGCAUUGGAGGGGUAGUCAUCCAAUCUAGGAGCACUUGAGAAGCUGUGAAAUAUGGAUGCCAUUACGUCCGUCGUCGAUUCGCCCGCGCAGCUGGGGGUGAUCAUCGCUUUCAUUAGUUUCCUCGUUUACUGGGCAUUGAAGAGUUGGUACUGGCGGUUCCCGUACCCUCUUCCUCCGUCCCCUCCGGCUGAGCCGAUCCUAGGCCACAUUAGAAGUUUACCGUUGGAAAAUGCCCACCUGAAGCAUAUGGAGUAUGCGAAGCAGUACAAGUCGGACAUCGUUUACUUCAAUGUGUUGGGCCAUCACGUUGUUGUCCUCAACACGCAAAAGGUCGCCAAUGAGAUCCUCGACAAACGCGGCGCCAACUAUCAGGAUCGGCCUCGGUUCGUGCUGUUCGAGGUUAUGGGAUGGGGCCUUACCUUGACUUUCCUCCGUUACGGCCCGAGGUUCCGCUUGCAUCGCUCAGCACUGCAAACCGGAUUCACCAAGACGGCUAUCGCGAACUACCGGCCCAUCCAGCUAGACGAAGCGAGACAGGCGGUGUUGAGGAUAUUUGCCCGCCCGGAUAACUGGGACCAUUCGCUACGACGGUUUGCGUCGGCCAUAGUACUUCGCAUCGGAUUCGGCGUCACCGUACGAUCUGAUGAUGACCCUUAUAUCAAGAUUGCCUCGGAUGCCAAUUUUGCCACGGGAGGCGGCGGAAACGCGGGAACUGCUCUGGUUGACUACCUCCCGAUAUUCCGAUAUACCCCUGAGUUCCUCAACUUCUCCAAGAGCCUACAACAUGCGCGAAAGUGGGGAUGGGCAAUUAGGAACUUGCAUGAUAUACCGUUCUCAGCCGUUAAGAAGGAAUUCGACGAAGGGACGGCCAACCCAUCAUUUGCAUAUUCGCUCCUCGCUAAACACAAGGAUAACGAAGAGAAAGGACUCCCGAACGAAUUUACGCUUAAAGACAUACAAGGUGCAUCCGGUGCCGUUUUUAUCGCGGGAUCGAAUACAACCUUCGGCACGACGACGGUUGCUAUUUUGAACGUGAUGCUUAACCCAGGGGUCUUCGAGAAGGCGAGGGCGGAAAUCGACAGAGUAGUAGGAACGGAUAGGUUGCCUACCUUUGACGACAGACCGAAGUUGCGCUAUAUCGACUACCUGGUAGAAGAGACUUCGAGGUGGCGCCCCCUGUCACCCAUCGGCAUACCCCAUAGGUCUCUGAAGGACGACGUAUAUGAGGGAAUGUUCAUCCCCAAAGGAACAUUUGUCUACUAUAACGCAUAUGCCAUGUCCAGGGACACGAACGUGUAUAAGAACCCCGAGAAAUUCAACCCGGACCGAUACACCCCGAAGGAAGAGGGAGGGGACGGAGAGCCUUUCCUCGUGGGGCCAUUCGGCUUCGGUCGCAGGGUGUGUGUCGGACGCCACCUAGCCCAGGCAUCUGUGUGGAUUAUGAUGGCGACUCUCAUAGCUACGACCGACAUAUCCAAGCCCCUGGGACCGGACGGGAAGCCAACCGAGCAGACCAUCACGUUCAGCACCGGCCUCUCGAGCCAUCCAGGAAAGCUUGACGUUGUAUUCAAGCCAAGGUCCGAAAGGGCACGGUGGCUUCUGGCCGAGGCGGUUGCAAAGGCUCAAUGAAUGGAAAAGCCUGGAGAUUAAUAUCCGCUCGUUACGAAGUGUAUUAUGAUGGCCAGUAUUUCACCAUGAAUUAACGAUAGCGAGACAUUCUCAGGAUAUUACAUGAAAU